AUGGAUAAGAAUAAAUGUCUGCAGCCAACUGAACAGCGUCCGUUUGUUCUGAAGAAAUGGAACGCAUUAGCUAUGUGGUCGUGGGACGUUGAAUGUGAUACAUGUGCCAUAUGUCGUGUUCAACUUAUGGAUGCUUGUUUGCGCUGUCAGUCUGAAAAUAAGCAAGAUGAAUGUGUUGUUGUUUGGGGUGAAUGUAAUCAUUCGUUCCAUAAUUGUUGUAUGGCUCUUUGGGUGAAACAAAACAACCGAUGUCCACUUUGUCAACAGGAUUGGCAAGUUCAAAGAACGGGUCAGUGA